AUGGAAAAUCCAGCCAAAAGAAGCAGAGACGACUUUGAGGGCCCCGGAGCCGAUGGUGAAGACUACGAUGCUGGAAAAAGACAGCAUGUGGACCCAAUCACCGAGUUGAUCGGCAAUAUCUGUAAAGAUAUCCGAAGAAUUGGCGAGAACUCCAACUUGGCUAAUCAGGUCGACGAUAUCACGUACAUUUCCAAUCCAAUUGUGGCCGAAUUCGAGAAAAUCGACAAGUUGCGUGACGCCAUUCUCGCCACGUUGUACGCAGUGGUGAUCGAGCAGCCACAGAAGAUCCCCAACAUCAGUAUCUUGAUCUUCAUCUGUAAUGCCAAAAACUUCUUGGUGGCCAAGUACGUGGUGGAAUUCUUCCAUGCAAAAGCACAAGAGCUACUAGACAAGUUGAAGGACCAAGAUACGGCCAUGGAAGAUACCGAGGCCAAGCCUGAGUCCGAAUCUACUGAGGAAACAAAAGCUGUUGAGAAUGCUGGAGUUUUCAACGACUUGAAGUCCGUAUUUAAGUUUUUGGCAGCAUUGAGUCCUAUUAUCGAAGAUGGUGCAGUCACAAACAUCCUCAAGCUGUUCUUGUCUGCUGCCAUUGACUUGCAGAACUCCACCGACGAGAGAAACGGUACAGCUGAGGAGAUAUUUUACAACGUGUUGAUUGCCACGCCAUAUUUGUUUGCCAAUGACUUCUCGCAGUCUACCAUUGACCAGGUCAAUGAUAUCGUGGAGCUUGCAACGUCGUUCAAGAUUGUGGAACUGGACCCUCUGAGAACUAUCUCAAUUUUGGAGCCAUUUGACUCAAAAAACGACAACUUUGCUGACAGUUUGCCCUACAAACCCCAAAAGAUCAUUAACUUGAUUCUUCCUGCGUUGGUGACUUUGCAGACGCCUGAAAAAGAUUGGAAGUCGUUGCGUGGCUCGUUGUUCUUGGAGUUUGACGAGCUUGUUCAGCCCAUCAUCAGUGAUGCUUUGAAGAGCAACUCUAUUUCGAGUGAAGUCAUCAGGCACGCUUUACCUCAGUUUUCUAUCCCAUCUACUGAGCAGCUCGCAAAGUACAAGCCCGAUGGCCUUAUCGACAACUUAUGGUACGAACAUCCAAGACUUCUUUUCCAGGUAUACAACACGACUACCGAGUUCCAAACCGUUCCUCCCAUUGAGUCGUACUUUGGCUUGUUUUUCAAGGAUUUGGCUUUCGACAUCUUGACCAACAUGUCUUUCAACCAGAAAGAGGCAUCGAUCCAAUUGUCUAUUUUGGAUUUGUUCUGCUCGAGAGAUCUCUUCAGUCCGCCAGGAUCGUCCGUGGACCAAUUGGCACUCAUUGCAAAAGAUAAUGAAGCUGGAGAAAAUGUUCCUCCACUCUCCACCUGGAAGGUGGAAGACGUUGCGGUUGAGAGUAUAUUGACUAUGAUUUUCCAACUUCCAAAGCCAUUGCACUAUGAGAUUUACUACUAUACUGUGUUGAUUUCCUGUUGUCGUGAGAGCCCCGAGUCCAUUGCUCCUGUCUUUGGUAGAGCAAUUAGAUUCUUGUACAACAACUUGGAGACAUUGGAUUACGAGCUGAAAAUCAGGUACAUGGACUGGAUGACCACACAAAUCUCCAACUUCGACUUUAGUUGGAAAUGGGAUGAAUGGGCUCCAGACUCGAUCAAAUACUCCAACUUGACCUACCACCCAAAGAAGAAUUUCAUCAAGAACUUGAUUGCUAAGGAGAUCAGAUUAUCUAAUAAGGCUAGAAUCAAGGAUAGCUUCGUCACCAUGAAAGCAGGCGAAGAUGGCGAGAAUAGACUUAUGGCUUUGGAGGAGUUCUACAAGUACUUGAAUAUCUCACUUUUCCCGAAUGCUACCCAAUUCAUCAUCGAUUACGACUACGAGUUAUACGGUGGAAACAAUGAAGAAUUGAAGAAUACAAUCUCGAAGGCCAUCACACAACGGAAGGAAUCCAUGUCAUCCAAAUUGAUGUUGUCGCCACAGGAGGAGCUUAUCUAUGAAUUUUCUAACCCACUGUUACCCCUUAAUGAAGUUGCGAACAAACUUUACGACUUCAUUAUCGCAAACUGGAGGUCCAACGAGCAGUUUUAUGAAAUGCUCAAUGAAACCGUAGAGGCAAUCAAGUCUUCCAUCGUGGACGUUAACAGCGAGAGAAUCUUGAUCAAUCUUCUAUUUCAGACUUAUGCUUACAUUGGAUCUCGGUCGAUUUACUCGGUUGUGAGUAUUUUGAAUAGAGAUGUGGCCAAGUUGAAGUAUAUCAGUGGAGUGGAAGUCAGUGAAGAAGAUUACAAGGUGAGUGGAACCGACUUCAAGUUCCCAGAUUUGAAUUUGACUCCUCAAGACUUCAACAACAGACAGAAAUGGACCAUCGAGUCUAUAUUGAGAAUCUGGAUUCAUCAACCUCAGGUUGCCUUCUUGAUUUUGGAGUACCUCAUCGAGUUUGGUAUCUUGAAGCCACAAUUUAUCAUCCAAAAGGCACUUGAGUCCGAUCACAACCUUAUCAUCAACAACGUUUCAUGUAUGGAGUCUAUAAACAGAGUGUUGAGUGCCAGCUCCAAGAAGGACGAGUUCAAGGAAGUGAUUCUCACUUUGUUUACACUUAUUGUGGAGAACUUGAACAACAUAGUGAGUAAGUUGGAGUUGAAGAACCCAGAGACCGAAGAGGUGAAAAUCAUCAAGGAUUUCACUGACGAAGAGAGCAAUGAUGCUGCCCUUAUGGAGAAAAUUGAUCUACAAUGGUUGUUUUACGAGUACAAGGGCUUGCUCAAAACGUACUUGAGAAAGUUCAAUUUGCAACAUUCGGAUUUCUCCGAGGAUGUAAAAAACGUUCUCAAUGACAUCAAAAAUGAGCCAGUCAAGACGGAUGUCUUGGGAUGGAUCCAGGAAUUGAGGUAUUAA